AAUGGAGUUGACAAAAGCAGACAGGAGAGAUGGAGUCAAAGGAAGGACCAUAAAACGCGUAAUGGAAACAGCGGGUCCCACCGCCAAAAAGCAGUCCAAUCCACCCCCAAAUAUGUCAAAAAAAGUCGUCUUCAUUGUCACAACUCACAAGUAAUCACAGUCACAGCCAAUCAGUGUUCUCCAGCUGUCCCUUUCACUUCUGUAAAUUCAAUUCAUCUACUCCUUCCAACUACCUUCUACCCUUUUGUCUUUGUUCUUUUAGUGAACUAAUUCCUACUAAUCCAAUUCUCUCUGGACUGUCUUUUGGAAUUUCUAUUAUCAUGACUGCAAGAGAAAUUCUUCAUAAGAUGAAGGUUAAAGCUGGGUUUAGUUCAGCACCAGCUGACACCGGAAAAGGAAAAGGCAAAAUGUUAAAGCAUAUUACACACGGUUUUCAUCUCGUCAAAGGAAAAGCAAAUCAUCCCAUGGAAGACUUCCUUGUUUCUCAAUUCAAACAAGUUGAAGAUAAAGAGCUUGGUUUGUUUGCCAUUUUUGAUGGGCAUAUGGGCCACGAUGUCGCUAAUUACUUGCAAUCUCAUCUCUUUCAAAACAUCUUAAAACAGCCAGACUUUUGGACUGAGCCAGAAACUGCAAUCAGGAAUGCAUAUGAUAAAACCGACACAGAAAUUCUCGAAAAAGUACGAAUCUUGGGUAAAGGUGGCUCCACUGCUGUCACCGCUAUCCUUCUUGAUGGCCAAACACUCAUGGUUGCGAAUGUGGGUGAUUCUCGUGCUGUCAUUUGCAACAAUGGAGAGGCUACACAACUAUCGGUGGAUCAUGAUCCGGGAAAAGAGAAGACGGAAAUUGAGAAUCGGGGGGGUUUUGUAUCAAAUAUUCCAGGUGAUGUACCACGUGUUGAUGGACAAUUGGCGGUUGCGAGGGCAUUUGGAGAUAAGAGCUUGAAGAUUCAUCUUAGUUCAGAACCCCAUGUACAAAAGGUGAAGAUCGAUGAUACUACCGAGUUUUUGAUCCUGGCUAGUGAUGGUUUAUGGAAGGUGAUGACAAACCAAGAAGCUGUGGACGCCAUCAAACACAUCAAGGACGCUCAGUCAGCUGCAAAGCACCUGACUGAAGCGGCCGUUUCUAGGAAAAGCAAGGAUGACAUAUCUUGCAUAGUUGUAAGGAUACCCUUCACGAAUAUCUCGGUUAUGUUAGCGGCUCACAAUGCAUAUUCAGAUCGCGCAAAUGCUUUGUUGACAGUUCAGACACUUCUGUCAGAGGUAUCCUCUUUGCAAUCUAGGGCUGAAAAGCUAGAAAGUGCAUCUUCUAGAGUCUUUGGUGGUGAUAAGACCAGAAAUUACAAGCUGGAAGAGUUGAAAGAAACCUUGAAAAUUACUGAAGACUCGAAAAACUGUGCAGUCCGAGAGUAUGAGCAAAUCAAGGAACUGGACUUAAAUACAACUACAUUUGGGAAAAAUUUGUCAGUGAGGGUAAUCAAAUUGUUCAGCCAGCUCUUGAUUCACUCUCAGGUUUGUGUAGCUUUCCUGCUACAAGAAGGCAAAUAGAGUAUGACAUGCGUAUUUAUUGGGCCAAGGCGGGGUAUCACAUUGGAGAUGGACCUCUUUUUCUUCAUAAAACUUGGUACAAACAACUUAAGUCAAUGUUCC